CUCGCCCGGAGUGCGGCGUGGUCUGGGUGACGGACUCGAGGCCACAGCGAGGGGCGUCCGAUGCGGGAGCCACUGGCGGGGGACGCGGUGGCCGAGUAGCGCGGAGGGAGGCUGCCUCUCCGCCCCGCCCGGUCCUUCCCUCCGUCCCUCCCUCCGGUGGGGAGACAAGGCUGCGUCGCGCACGCCGAGGCACAGCCAAAGCCGGGCGGAGGAGCAGCCGUCGAAGCGCGCCCAGAUUGCUGGCUGGAGCGGCCACGGGGAGCGGGGACUUCGAGGCGCGGCAACUGGGUGCCGAUCUUGACCCCCCGCAAGGUGCACUCUCAGGGAUACUUUCCCACCGACACUGGUGACAGUGCUGUGCCCAGCUUGGGUGGCAGGACUGAGGAGCUGAAAUGUCUGGGACUCUGGACCUGGAAAAGGGGUGCACAGUGGAUGAACUUUUACAUGGCUGCAUUGAGGCUUUUGAUGAUGAGGGCAAAGUUCGAGACCCGCAACUGGUCCGCAUGUUUCUCAUGAUGCACCCGUGGUACAUCCCUUCCUCAGAGCUGGCUGCCAAGUUGCUGAAGAUUUACCAGGAAUCACGCGGGCCAGAAAACAAUUCCCUGCAGGUGAAAACUUGUCAUCUGGUCAGAUACUGGAUCUCAGCAUUUCCAGCAGAAUUCGAUUUGAACCCAGAACUGGCAGAUCAGAUCAAGGAGCUGAAGGAACUUCUAGGGCGGGAAGGGAAUCAAUGUCACAGCAAUCUCAUUGACAUAGAGAGCGUCCCUACUUACAAGUGGAAGCGGCAAGUCACUCAACGCCAGCCAGUGGCCCAGAAAAAACGCAAAACGUCACUCCUUUUUGACCACUUGGAAUCGGGGGAGCUGGCGGAGCAUCUCACUCACCUGGAAUACCGCUCCUUCAGCAAGAUAUUGUUUCAGGACUACCACAGUUUUGUCAUGCAUGGCUGCACGGUGGAUAACCCCAUCCUGGAACGAUUCAUCACCCUCUUCAACAGCGUCUCCCAGUGGGUGCAGCUGAUGGUUCUCAGCAAGCCCACGGCUCAGCAGCGAGCUCAGGUCAUCACCCGCUUUGUCAUGGUGGCUCAGAGGCUGCUACAGCUGCAGAAUUUCAACACCUUGAUGGCAGUGGUGGGUGGCCUGAGUCACAGCUCCAUUUCCCGGCUCAAGGAGACACACAGUUUUGUGAGCCCAGAGACCACUAAGGUAUGGGAAUCCCUCACUGAAUUGCUGACGUCGGUGGGAAACUACAGCCGUUAUCGGCGGUGCUUUGCAGAGUGUGUGGGCUUCAAGUUCCCCAUCCUGGGGGUCCACCUUAAGGACCUGGUGGCUGUUCACGUGGCGCUCCCUGACUGGCUGGAUCGUGCCCACACCUGCCUCAAUGGAAACAAGAUGCAGCAGCUGUUCAGUAUCCUGAGUGACUUGGCCAUGGUGCAAAGCAUCCGGCCCCCUUUUGAGGCUAACACUGACCUCCUCAAUUUGCUUAUGGUCUCUCUAGAUCAGUACCAGACAGAAGAGGAGAUCUACCAGCUCUCUCUGCAGCGGGAGCCCCGGAACAAAUCCACACCUUCCAGCCCUACGUCCUCCACCCCUCCACCCCAGCCUGUUGUCAUUGAGGAGUGGGCAUCGGUGCCCAAACCCAAGCCGGACCAGGCCAUCGUGCGCAAGCACAUCGAGAAGAUGGUGGAGUCUGUCUUCCGGAACUUUGAUGUGGAUGGAGACGGUCACAUUUCACAGGAAGAAUUUAAGAUCAUCAGGAAUAAUUUUCCAUACCUCUGCAAGUUUGGAGAUCUAGAUGAGAAUCAGGAUGGCUGCAUCAGUCGGGAAGAGAUGAUCUCCUACUUCAUGAAAUCCAGCAUGGAGCUGAACGGCAAAAUGGGCUUCAUCCACAGCUUCCAUGAGACCACAUUCCUGCGGCCCAUUGCUUGCCGCCAGUGCAAGGGCCUGAUUCUUGGACUCUACAAGAAGGGGCUCAAAUGUCGAGCUUGUGGUGUGAGCUGCCACAAACAGUGCCGGGAUCUCCUCUCCGUGGAGUGUCGCAAACGCACCAAGAGCGUCAGCCUAGAUGGGCCGGCAACUUUGCCAGCACGGUCCUUCAGCUUCUCCCUCCCACGUCCUGGGCGGUCUUCCCUGCGGCAACCAGAAAUCCAGGAGGAAGAAGUGCAGGCGGUAGAGGAUGGCGUCUUUGAUGUCCACCUAUGAGGCUGAUGCUGGAGGGUUUGCUUGAAACGAAGGAUCUUCUCUUUCUUUUCUGUCCGCUCCACCAUCGCUCCAGGAAGUCCUCUGCCUUGUUCUAAGGGCUGCCCCCAACUGAAGUGGGAUGUGUAUAUUAAGGGGGUGAUGUGGAGCAGAUACCCAGAGGAGCUGCACUUUAGAGCAGCUGGACUAGGAAACUGUCUUCCUCAAAUCUAGUUCAGAAUAUCCUUCUCCCCUCCACGUUUUUAAAGGGUUGAGGCCAGAGUUUCCAUGACUGAGAGAAAGCAUUAGGGUUCUGCCAAGCAACACAGACCUGCCCAAACCGUGUGUAUAUUUGUUUCAAGAACUGGAUUCCAAGAUGUAAUAAUGAUUACAAUAAAUUUGACAUUUCCUGUCUGCC